UAUGAAACAUGCGGAUUCGUGCAACUUCAUUUCGGAGGUAAACUGCUGUGCGGAACGUUAACGCUUGGUGGCCUUUCAUAAAUAUCCCUGUUCAACGGCGUUUGAUCUAGUCCAGGAAGUUUGGGUCGUUGAACUAUGUAGAACCCACUAGCAGAUCGCAUUAAAGGUUUGAAAUACUAGUUGAAUGUGGCGAAAAUUCUGAUGAUGCGCAUCGCUACACCUUCCCUCGCAUUUCGUCUUUCCUGCUGUGGUUUAUUGCGACUUUUUUUGUGUAGGCCAUCCGAGUCGUUUAUGCACUAUUUUGACUCCAGAUCCUUCGGGUUGCGAGGAAAAUACCGGGGAGUUCGUGGUUUCCACUUGAUAAAUAACACAUACAUGAGACGAAUAAAUGUGUCCGCUUUUCUGCUUUCUGUCGCAGUUAUGAGGAGCGCGUCACUCACGCAAGUGCCCAAUUAUCAAUAGGCUCAAGCUGGAAGUCUCGAGUGUCGUGAGGCAUUGCCAGUCGUCUGAGUAUAUGUCAACAGAACUAGUUCAAUAUUGUUAGUCCUACCGUGUUGAUGAAUUCAGAUGAAUAUUGUGAGGGUUUAUAUCGCACCGACG